AUCAGCUGGUGCAAUCUGGAUUUUCAUGAAAAAGAGACACUAAUUGGGCCAUGGUAACCAUGACCUUUAGUGCAAGUUGCAAAAACAUCUGUGCUGUGGUCUGGUAACAGUAGGGAGUGAAAUAGUUUCGUUUGGUUCGAACUUUGUAUUUGCAGCUUGCCGGCCUCUCUAGUGUUGCAUUUCAAUGAAGGGCAACGCGUGCUACUUCGCCUUCCUGGGCAACAGCAAACUUAUCUAAGAAUUCAGGUCAGAAACACCCUGUCUCCUAGCAACACGAGGAUAGUGGUGGCUUUCCUUCAGACGGAAUCAUCUAGUGGCAGAAACGGGAUCGUUUGGCGGAUUGCUGGAGUUGUACACACAAUGUUGGUGAUACCUUUGUCCUGUGCAGCCGAGUAAACUGCCCGGCAACUGGAAGGAUCCUAACAAUGUACUUCCACAUUUGAGAAGUAGUUGUCAGUUCGAAACGUCGACCUUUCCUGAAACCGCUUUCGGAUGUGAGAGUGUUCUCAUGGCCACAGGUUUAACAGAGAGCAAGAUGCAGGAGUCUGAAGGCCCCGGUGAAGAUGGCUCAGGAAAGAAGAAGUCAAAAUUCAAAUCCUUCAAGAAGCUAUUUGUUAAAAAGAAAAAAAAGGAGUUUAUUGUCAAUGCAGAGAGGACCAGUAUGAAGAUGAGCCAGUCAGCAGGCGAUGUUACAAUUCCAGAGUCUGUCAUCCCAGAGCUUGGGGAGAAUGACCAAGGAGCUUACAAAAUUAUCAUGGGAACUAGAGCCCUGUCACACGACAGUAUCUUCAUCCCAGACACAUCUGUGCAACAACCUGUUAAGCCUGUACGAGUGUUUUCCCAGGAGAGUGUCUCUGGACCUAUCAAAGCUUUACAGUUAAAGGUACAACAAAACAUUAAAGUGGGACCACCCCCAGCAUUGAUUCCAGCAACGAAGAUGGAGGAUGCUGGUGCUAGUUCUGAAGAUGAUGGAUUACCCCAGAGUCCUCCAGAAAGCUCCCCUCUCCAUGAAAUCUCAACACCGAGCUACUUAACCAAGUACUCUGACCCUUACAAGAAUCAUAGCUCCUUGACUUUAGGUGGGACAGGCAGCGAAGAAGAAGAGCAGAUUUCAUCAAGGUCUUCCUCCAGGCCCAACAGUCCCCUUUGCACCUACCUUCCAACAAGGUCAAGCUCAAGAUCUCGGAGUCCCACAUCGCCACCAGUUUCGAUCUCUUCUUCUGACAGCUUUGUUGUGCCUGCCAUUGAUUUUAACUCUCCACCUACGUUCUCCACUUGUCUUGAUAAUUCUGCAGCGAGACACAAACUCUCAGUGAAGCCACGCAAGCAACGAUCUUCCUCUAAACAAAGAAGGUCUUCUUUGAGAUUACUUUCUGACAGGCCGAGAGAUUUAAUGUACAAAGUACCUGAGCUAAAAGAAGAAAAUGAGCAAGAUAUCAGCAACUACAACAGUGUGAACGCCGAUUCUGAAAUAAGUUUGAAAGAGAGAACAGAAAUUCCGUCAACGGUUCUCACUUGGGGACAACCUCUAACUGAACCUACGAUAAUUCAGUCAAGUAGCACAGAGGUGGUGGAUAAUUCGGAGCAAGGAACUAGUGAACUUAUCCAGUUAGAUAUUGCUGCCUCAUCUUGUGCUUUGGAUGUCAAUGAUUAUCUGAAAACAAGCUCUGAACCUGCUUUUCUGUCAGAAACUGGAGGAGAUGUCAUUCCGAUGGAAUUUGACAUCGUGGAAGUGACUGCUUCACAAAUUCCUGUGUCAACAGGAACUGAGUCAACGACUGUAUUGUCUGAACAUUCAACUCCACUUGAUUUUAUCGAUCCAUUAAAGGAAAAAGAAGAAAUAAAUCUUUCAGAAUCUGGAGAGAGGGCCACAGCAUUUGGCACACAUGUUCCCUCUCUUGAUAUAUCCCUUGUUGGAGACACUGUAUAUCCAACAAACACAGAGAUUCAGACAGAUAAUUUGUCACUCAUCUCUGAGAAACCCCCUUCAAUUGUCCCUGUAGGGACAGAAAUCAGUGAGAUAGAAUUUGUGCAGGUAACUCCAGAUACAUUGUGUAGACAAAUAAAAAUAGAAGCAACAUCCAAAGAAUCUUUGCCUUCAAUCGAUCAAAGAGCAAUAGAGCCCACAAGUCAUGAAGAGAAGUCUGAUGAAGUGCCUGAAGAAUCCAGCAGUAUUGCAUCAACCUGUACUGAGGUGUAUUCACAACCUUCAGAAACAUAUCAGGACACGCCUGUUUCAGAAACCAUUAAUAGCAGACUGGAAAGUACAGAAGCGACAGUAUUUAAGAAAGCAAACAUUCAAACAUUAGAAGACAGCACAAUAAGCCCACAGGGUUCAUUUAAGAAAAAUAGCCAGGGCUCCUUCAAAUUCUCAAUUUCCUCGGCAUGGACCAGGUCCAGACGAAGUGGCGUGAAGUGGAAUGAGGGUAAUCUGGCAGCGGAUUCAGACAGUUUGCAGAACGCAUUCCCUCAGAAAGCUAGCACGCUGCCUGGAAAAGAGAGGAAAGAGGAAGAAAUGUCCCUUUCUGAGUCUUCUGUGGUUAGGAUUGAUGUACAUAAACUGGAAAAAACUGAGGAAUCACAAGGCAAAGUUGAUGAGGGAAGAGGACUAUUUGGUGUUAAACUCCGCAGUACUUCCCAUUUAAAAUACAAGGAGAGUUCACAUUCAGAUUAUAAACGUCACAGUGCUGAAGCCACUUUGGAAUCAGGCAGCUCAGCAUUGCAACCCAAGGUUGAAAAAACAGAUGUCAGGAACUCACCAGAAAUAACCCUUAGCAACACAUUAAAGGAUAAUGGGAAACUGAAGGCUAAAUCUUCUGAAAGUCUGUCUGUUAAGCCGCCCUUACCUAAAAAACCUGUCUUACAAAGUGUGAACACUACAAUGACAGCCUCGAGCAAACAGACCAAGACAGUCAAAUCUAGUCAGGAAAUACUGAAAGACACAGAGAAAAAAUCAAAUGUCAGUAAAAUCUCAGAAAAAGGGCAACUUUUUGACAAACAUAUCCAAGACAAUGGAUCAUCCAUUGAAACUUCUUCUGUGCCAACUUGGGUCACCAUGGCCAGGCAAAAGCAGAAGGGGUACCAUGUACAGCAUUUCGGCAAGCAAGAUAAAAUGCCAGCCCAGGAAACCAAAGCUACUUCCAAUGGUAAAGGAGUAGACAAGGAGACUGUAAAGUCAUCAACUGAAGUCAAAAGCAAUCAGUUCAAGUCAUCGUCGUCUUGCAAACCUCAAGAAUGCAAACUGGAGUUGAAGUCGAGUGUUGCGGAACCUCAACAGAAUGUUUCUCCAAUUCCCAGUCCUGUGACAGUAAAUAAGCAUUCAUUGGCAUUGCCGCAGAACACUAAUGACAAAGAUGGGAGAGAUCAACACAACAAAGAUAAAGCUUCUUCUUCAUCCAAUCAGCCAUCGUGGAUGGAACUUGCCAAGAAAAAGGCGAAAGCGUGGAGUGACAUGCCACAAAUAAUCAAGUAAACUUCCAUACGGGACCUCUAAGUCAUACCUGGAAUCCUCAUAGCUGCUAGUUUUUGGACAAACAAUAGACUGUCCAUAAUGUUGAUUGACAAUAAGUUAGAAUCCUGUGUUGAUGAAAUGUAGGUCAACUUCAUGUUCUGUUGUUUUUUUUCUCAAAGACAAAAAUAGGGUUUCCUCAGAUUACUACAUCUAGUGUAUGACGGCACCAAAUUCUGGUGAAGUGCUGAGAGUGCUGGUAAUCAGACAGUAAAUGCAGUGCAGAUCGCUGACUGAAUGAUUCCAAGACCAUAUGGCUUCUCGUCAUGAUUCGGAUCCACAUGGUUGGGUCAAUGUAGGAAAAAAGUGUAAAUUUUAUUUGUGGCCUGGUAGGCAACCAUAGGUAAAGCAUUGUUCUUGUUAAUAACCUGCUACAUUUGUUUAGGAUACAGGAGGUGCUUUAUGAUAGAAUGCAAUGUAUGUCCAGGGAAACCAAGAGAGGGGAAGAAAGUUGGCUCUUUCUGACAAAAAAACAUUUUUCAACUACUUUUAGUUUCAAUUGAUCUGCAAAUGUUUUGCUGUCUUCGAAGAGUUAGGCAGCAUUUUAAAAAAAGCAUUUUUUGGAUCAGGUGUAAAAAGUUAUAUUUGUAUGCUUGUAAUUUUAGCUUAAAUUUUGUAAUGAUUUAUCAUACUGUAAUAUAAUUACACUAUUGUUAAAACAAAAUAUACAAAGACUCGGUAAAAUGUGGGAUAUAUAUAUAUAUAUAAUGGAUAUCAGAUAUGUCUAGUGAUAGAUAUAAUCGGCAUUUGGGUUUGCUUAGCAUUUCAAAUUUUAGUUUUGGUAAUGGUUGUACUUGUUUCUGAUUCCAAGCAAAUCAGUACGUGUGGAAAUGAAUGUGUGUGUGUGUAUGUGUCUGUGUGUCUAUGUGUAUUUGUUUGUGUGUGUAUGUGUGUCUAUAUGUCUCUGUGUGUGUGUGUGUGUGUCCAUGUAUGUGUCUGUGUCUGUGUGUGCGUGUGCAUGCGCGCUGUGCCAGGCUGAACUCUGAUUGGUAUUGAGGUAGUUUGUUAAAUCUACAAAGAAGCUGAUUUUUAUAUCAGCUCUUCAGUCUUUGAGCAGCUGCUGCUUUACUCAGCAGAGUUGCUUGAUGUCAGCACGUCCAAAUUGAAACAGAAUAUUUGGGUGUCUGGAUCUGUGGAAUCUUCAGCGGAUGGGGACAUGGGAAUUGCUGAAUGAGAAAAGCCAUCUAAGUUCAUCCUGAUCAUCACACGACACAGUAACAGAAUUAUCAAUUAAUGUUGAAGAAACCCAGCCAUGCAGUGAGGAAUGUUUCCCAGUGGUAGAGAAGCAUUGGGAACCAUAGGUCCAAAGUUAUUGUUCCUCUCAAGCUUGUUACACUUACUGUGUAUUGUGUGGUUAAUGAAGCAUUCACCUCCUGGAUUUCUUGGCACCAUUACUAAAUGUAACUAAAAGAAGCUGCCUGACGCCCUAUUCUGUAAAGCCACAAUUCAACUGGUGCAGUGAUACUUCCUUGAUGUAAGAGAAUGUGCAUAUUAUGUUAGUAACAGAAUUGUAACUGAGUAGACUUACAGGAGGGGAGUGGGAAUUUGGGCAGGAGAAUGUGUAAAAUAUUUUGAAGAAUCUUGUAUCGUAGCAAACUAACGAUAUUUUCCCAGCCUGCAUUUAAAUACUUGUAACAACGCAAAUUGCACUAUAUAUUUUAUCUUCCAAUCAUUUUACCAUAUUCACGUCGUGAAAACUUUAGUAUGCAAAUAUGCACCUGCCAAACUAUUUUCCUAAAUUGCCAGAAGUUAACUCUCACUGUGAUACAGGUACAAUGGUAGAAAGAGUUGCAUUAUUUUGGAGCAAAUCAUAGACAACAUGCACUUUGCAAAGGUGCUCAAACCAUGUAUCUUUAGUUCAUCGAUUCAUAUUUUGCAUAUUAUCCAUCUGGUGAUAGUUUCACUCCAUAUAACCCAGUCCUAUGAAUACAACUUUUAACAGUUAUCAUGCUAUUAAUGCACUAGACAGUGAAAGUUUUUUUUAUAAAUCACAAAUUGAGUUUCAUAGUUUCGUUUCCUCAUUCAACUUCUGUUUGUACAAUCUGCAUGUUAUCAGCAAUGCAACUAUUUUUGCCUGUUGUUACACAUACGUGUAUGUGUGCACCUGUGUACCUAUUUUGAGGAUGGUGUACAGCAUCAUGCACAGUAUCUGACUGUUAUCAUGCCGUGUAAUGUAUAUUCAUGCAGACUGAGUGUUUGAAUUAGUCAGCUAUUUGUGUGAUGAAUUGCUACUGAGGAAGUUUGAAUGCUCAGAAUACACUCCAGGUACAUUUUUCUUUACUGGCUGUUCCCUGUUAAGUGAAGUAGUGUGCAUCUUCCAGAGUGAAUAUUAGUAAGGUGGUUACAGUAUGAAAAAUAGCAGCAUUUUUAUCCCCAAGGAGUCAAGCUUAGAAAUUUCAAUUGCAUAUUUUGCAUGACACAGGAAGGCACUGAAUUGCCACAAACUGAUAUAGUCUAUCUGGAUGGUCCUGAAGUUUAAUUAUGAUGUACUAUGCACUGUCUUUGUCAGUGCAGUGCUGUACUAUGUCAUCAGAUUCACCCAUCACAGAAAUGGUAGCCGCGUGACAGUGUGUCAUUGUACUGGUUCAGAGAGCCGUAGAGUGGCAGUAAAGAGGGUUUGACUCCCCACACAUAGUGUCACCUGCAUUACCACAAGGCAGUGUGAAGCUGAAGCCAGAGACAUCUCCAAGGCAAAUAAACAGAAAGAAUUAAUAGUUUCGUCUGAGAGCUGGUCUUGAUUUGGAGUUCCAUUUGCAAGGAGGCCCAGAAAUGCAUUGUCCGGCUAAUACCAAGCUGCAUUUGGUGCAGGGUCCAGACAAACCAGUGAAGGUAAACUAGGAGAUAAACUAGGGGGAGCUUCUCCACUUAAAAAUAAAUGUUGCAUUGAAAUAAGUGUGCAACGUUGGAGUAUAAAUGUGCAACAGAUGUUUUAUCUGAAAAUUGUCUGCAAUUAACCAAUGAUUUUCAAAUAAACCAAAGCCUUCCAUAAUGAGGCAUCUCAGGCAAUUUUACCCUUAAUAUCUUCACAUGAUAUUUUCUGCUAAUUUAACAUAAAUCCUACUCUAUUUAAAAAAAAAAUGUUGCCAUCUCAGUUAUAACAGCGGGUGGUGAAAUAUUGUAUGAAUAAAUUAAUGAUCUGAUCACUAAUAUUGUAAAUUGCAGUUUCCAAGUUUAAGUUGCCACAUCUCCAAAUGUAACUCUGAACUUAACUCUAGUUCAUUUGGUUGUACCUAUAGUUUAUAAAUACCUGCAUGAUGUUACAACUUAUGCACUGAAUAUUAAAACACAGUAUAUUCUGUAAGGAUAGUAAAUCCAUUCAGGAAUUAUAGUUUGUUCAGUAACAUCCCAUAGUAUUUGUUCUGAUAUCGUGUAAUGACAAACCUGUGAGAUUCUGUGGGAUUUGUGAAUAGGUGAUUUGGUAGGGGUGUGUGUUUUGCAUAUUUGACGUUUGCAUGUUCAAUAACUUUGCCAAUUAGAUGUCAGUAAAGCUGGUACAGCUUCAAGGUCUCCAAUCUGAUGAGCUUCAACCUAAUACUGCUGUACGAUGCACCAGACUGUUAAACAACCUUACCCUUAUGUUGCUAAAUUUAUACUACCUCUCCCUACUUUUAUAUUGUUAGAACUUCCAACUUGUUAAAUCAUGAUGG